AAUUCCGAAGGAAUCAGACCUAUAAAAUCCAACCUGAACCCGAACCGAAUAUUUUGAAUGCCCAUGCCUUGUCUUUUUUGUGCACAAAGUUAAACAAAAAUUGAACUGAACUUGUUACCAACCAUAUUUAGCUCAAAUAAGUAAGUCUGUUAUUUUCUCUCUCUAUAAUUCCCGGGAAAUAAUGUUUACCAUUUCUCUCUCUCUCUCUGAAUGUUGUCUUAGUUGUAUUUUCUCUCACCUUGAUUCCUCAGAAUUUAAUUUUGUCACAGACUUCACGAUUGGUUACUGGAUUAAUUAUUCUUUCUGAAUCCAGCCCACUUCCUCCAUUUCUCUGUUUCUGUUGUUCCUUUUUUUUCUUCUUCAUCUCCAGAUGUCACAUUUGGUUUGCGGUAAAGAAGAAAAGGAAAACGUUUUUGAUUCAUUCUCUUGAUAAAUGGCUUUUCUUGAUUCUGUGUUGAGACAUUGGAGCCUCCUCCACAUUUUGUUUCUCUCCCUAUCUUUAUGUUUCCUCCUCGUCAGAUCACAAGAACCACCUUUCUUUACACAAUCUCCACCUCCACCACCACCUCCUCCACCUCCACCUCCACCACCACCACCACCACCUCCUCCGCCACCACCACCUCCACCACCACCACCGCCUUCUUCUGCACCUCCACCACUUGUUAAUGUGACAGACAUUUUUCCACCACCUCCAGUAGCAGAGACAAUUGCGCCUCUGCCUUCACCUACUCCUCAACAGCAGCCUCCGCAGCCCAGGUCAGAAUCCCUUCCACCGCCUCCUGAGCCACGGAGGUUUGGAUCACCAGAUGAACCAAAGAGAGGUGGAUUAAACAAAGGGGAGACGGUGGGACUAGUCUUUGCAGGGUUAGCAGCAAUGUUGCAGGUCUUGGUUGUUGUCUUCUUGGUUCUCAAGAGAAGGCAACUUCUCCAGCUGAAAGAAACUCAAUGACAUAUGCUAACAAUGUCUGAAUUGACACACAGCUUACUUUGUUAGUUUCAGAUGUCAUUUAAGAAAUGUUGAUUAGAGUGAUGAAGAUCAGAGAGAGGAGAAACUGCAAAGUGUUAACUAACAAUGUAACAAUCUUUUCUCAAGGAUUCUUUAAUGAUUUGCACAAAUGGUUUCUUCUUUCAAGAUGAAUCUGAUUAUGUUACAAC